CCUUGUCUCCUCGUGCUCCCUCUUCUCCUGGCGAGCCUGAGCCCAGGCCUUCCCCACAGACGGAUCCUGCGGCUGUUCCCACAGAGGAGGCCCGGGGAUUACAGCCCCAUCCAUUCCAGAGAGAGAGCGGGCCUGGCUGGGCCAAACUCGGGGAAAUAGACUGUGUGGAGCCUGAGGGGGAGCUUCAGGGGAGGCCAGGUGGGCCUGGAGGCCGAGUGACCGAAGGGAGGGCCUAGCAUUUCCUGGCUCCGAAAUAAAUACAGGCCUUGUUUAUACUCUCUUUAAAAAAUCCUCCCAAAGCCCAUUGUUUAAUCCUUGCUUCCUUUCACAGAGGGGAUGUGAUUGUUGCCUGAGAAUUUUGGAGCAGAGCCUGUUCAGUUGAGAGAAGAAGGAAGAACAGUAUCUUGGAUACAGUUUGGUUCUUCAUCAAAUAGUGGUUCCAACAUGGAGAGAACCAACUCACCUGGACCUGAAGCAGGACUUGGGAGCAGUGGAGAAUCCUGGGGAAAAGCUACACACAAGUUCCUUAAUGUGGACCUUUAUAGCUCAGACAUACAGCACCAGCGCUUCAGGCAGCUCUCCUACCACGAGGGCGAGGGGCCCAGAGAGGUUUGCAGCCGCCUCCAUGAUCUGUGCUGCCAGUGGCUAAAACCAGAGCAACACACCAAGGCUGAGAUACUGGACUUGGUGAUCCUGGAGCAGUUCCUGAGCCUCCUGCCCCCAGAGAUGGGGAGCUGGGUCCGAGAGUGUGGGGCAGAGACCUCUUCCCAGGCGGUGGCCCUGGCGGAAGGAUUCCUCCUGAGUCGGGCAGAGGACAAGAGGCGGGAGGAACAGGACCAACAUAAUUGCAUCGAAGCCCGGUCUAAUGUCCCUGCCUCAGAUAAAUCUCCAUCAGACACCACCCAGAGUCUCAGGCAGAAGGAGCUCAAGCAGCAAGAAGAUGGAGCUGCAGCCUUGGGGGGAGCUGAAAUGAUGUUGUUGCCGAAUCCUCAGUCGUUUCUUCCCUUUUGUGAUGGAGCGGAACUGAAUCAGGACUCCAUCCCUUUUGAGGAUGUGGCUGUCCAUUUCUCCCUGGAGGAGUGGGCUCUUCUGAAUCCUGAUCAGAAAGUCUUGCACAUACAGAUCAUGGAGAAGAUUCAUGGGAUUGUGGACUCUCUUGCAGAUAACUGGAAGAAGAGCAGGAAGCAUCUGGGACACAAUGGGGACCUUACAGGACCCCAACAAACCCACAUAGCAGAUGGCGAUAAUGCCAGAGAAAGGCCUUACAAAUGCAAUGGAUGUGGACAGUGUUUUACCCAAAGUGAGUCACUUGUACUUCACGAGACGCUCCAUGCUAGGAAAAGCCAGCUUAAAUGGAAAGAAUCGGAAAAAUGUGUUAAUGAAUACAAAUUGCCACAUCUGAGCCAAGAAGAAAUCUUUGAAGGAACUGAGGUUUUCAUAAGCCAGGAGGGUGGGAAAUCUUUUUUCCAGAGUUCACGCUUGGAGAAAUAUGACAGAUUUCACACAGAACAGGAACCAUACAGAUGCCAGGAGUGUGGGAAAUGUUUUGCUUACAGUUCGCACUUGAUUAUUCACAAAAGACUCCACACAGGAGAGAAGCCAUACCAAUGCCAGGAGUGUGGGAAAUGUUUUGCUUUCAGUUCAGAAUUGCUGAAGCACAAAAGAGUCCACACAGGAGAGAAACCAUACCAAUGCCAGGAGUGUGGGAAAUGUUUUGCUGACAGUUCAGCCUUGGCGAGCCACAAAAGAGUCCACACAGGAGAGAAGCCAUAUGAAUGCCAAGAGUGUGGGAAAUGUUUUGCUCGCAAUUCACACUUGGUGAGGCACAAAAGACUCCACACAGGAGAGAAGCCAUACCAGUGCCAGGAGUGUGAGAAAUGUUUUGCUUCCAGUUCAUAUUUGGUGAUCCACAAAAGACUCCACACAGGAGAGAAACCAUACCAAUGCCAGGAGUGUGGGAAUUUUUUUGCUUCCAGUUCACAUUUGAUGAUCCACAAAAGACUCCACACUGGAGAGAAACCAUACCAGUGCCAGGAGUGUGGGAAAUCUUUUUCUAGCAGUUCACAAUUGCUGUCCCAUGAAAGACUCCAUACAGGAGAGAAGCCCUACCAGUGCCAGGAGUGUGGGAAAUGUUUUGCUCACCUUUCAAACUUGGUGAGCCACAAAAGACUUCACACAGGAGAGAAACCAUACCAGUGUCCUGAGUGUGAGAAAUGUUUUGUUUCCAGUUCAGACUUGGUGAAACACAGAAGACUCCACACAGGAGAAAAGCCAUAUCAGUGUCAAGAGUGUUGGAAAUGUUUCGCUAACAGUUACUCCUUGGUGAUGCACAAAAGACUCCACACCGGAGAGAAGCCAUACCAAUGCCAGGAGUGUGGGAAAUGUUUUGCUUCCAGUUCAUAUUUGGUGAUCCACAAAAGACUCCACACAGGAGAGAAGCCAUACCAAUGCCAGGAGUGUGGGAAGUGUUUUGCUGACCGUUCAGCCUUGGUGAGCCACAAAAGACAUCGCACAGGAGAGAAACCAUACCAGUGUCAGGAGUGUGGGGAAUGUUUUGUUUAUAGUUCACAAUUUGUGAGCCACAAAAAGCUCCACACAGGAGAGAAUCCACAGUAAUGACAGGAGCGUGUGAAAUGUUCUACUCCGACUUCAUCCCUUAACAAGCACCAGAGAAUACAAGCAGGCUAAAAAACAGCCAUUGUGCUUAAACGUCUGAUUUCUAAUGGGACCAUUUGAGCAUUUCUGCCUAAGAUUUAGUAGAGUUCCCUUUCUAGUCAUUUGAAUCCCUAAGUUGGAGGUCCUGUCUCUGGAACAGCAGAAAGCAAGCUACAUGUGGUAAUACUUCAGAGGGUUAAAUAUGAUUGUCAUGUCAUCUGUUCUGGGGAAAACAAUUCAUAUGGACUUCCAUCAGCUGUUCCUCUGAGCUUAGUUUCAAGUUCCUUUACCACCUUGGUUGUAAAGUUCCAGUGUGUGGAUUUUGUUUUUUAGCCAGGAUUCCAGAGCUGAACACAGUGCUUCUGUUGAGGCCAAUCCAAAGAAAAAGAUGUUUCCACUAUUAUUCCCUUUGAUGUACAAUUUGUAUCUCUGGCUAGAAUUUACUGGUUGUUUACUUGCUCCUGGCACACCGUUAAUCCACAUUAAAUUGAAAUACAGGAACCUUUGUAUUAUUUUAGAACCGGGGUCCUCAAACGUUUUAAGCAGAGGGCCAGUACACAAUCCUUCAGACUGUUGAGGGGCUGAAUUAUCAUUUAAAAAAAAACAAAUUUCUAUGCACACUGCAUAUGUCUUAUUUGUAGUGGGGAAAAAACAAGAACAAUGAAAUAACAAUAUUAUAUUUUAAAAUAAAAACAAUUUUAUCCAACAUAAAUGUAUAAUGAUUUCAAUGGGAAGUGUGGGUCUGCUUCUGGCCCAUGAGAUUGUCAACUUAAUUAGGAUUGUUGUUGUUGUUGUUGUUGUUGUUGUUGUGUGCCUUCAAGUUAUUUUAGACUUUGAGCAAGCCUAAGUCUAAAACUGAGGGUGGGGGCCAGGUAAAUGACCUUGGAGGGCCUCAUCUGGCCCAUGAGCCAUAGUUUGGGGACCCCUGUUUUAAAAUGUACAGUGUUUAGAUUUUGAGUAUUUUGAUCUAUGAUAACCUAAUGUACCAAUUAAAUACUUUUUUCUGGAUUUCA